AUGGCGGACCUCAGGAAAAUCUGUCCUGAGUCUUUGCCCUGCCGUGUCAACUGUUCACGAAAAGCGGCGUUUCAGGGGAAGCUUUUCAUCCUUCUCUGCAUACUCAUAGUGGACUCCGGCGGAGCUACGACCCACUGGGUUGUCACGGAGGACGGGAAGAUCCAACAACAAGUGGACUCGCCUUUGAAUCUGAAACAUCCACACGAUGUUGUAAUCUUCAUGAGGCAAGAGACUCGUGUUAACUACCUCAAGAAGCUGGAGAAGCAGCUAGUGGCCCAGAAGAUUCAUAUUGAGGAAAAUGAGGACAGAGAUACAGGUCUGGAGCAGAGACACUACAAAGAGGAUGCAGACUGCGUAAUGGCGAAGGUUCCCCUGGGAGACCUGGAUCUGUACGACGGCACUUAUAUCUCCUUGGAAAGCAAAGACAUCAGCCCUGAAGACUACGUGGAUUCCCGCUCUGCUCUGCCUCCAGAUCUAGAAAAGCCUGACUGUGCCAAAGUGUUUGAGCUACCUUAUAGUAUCCACGCUUUCCAGCAUCUCAGGGGUGUGCAGGAGAGGGCAAACUUGACCUCUCCAAUUCUUUCGAAGGAGGAUCCCAUUUUUAGUUCAUUGUCUCAUAAGCUGGGUCGCAGUGUCGACGAAGUGGGCCAUCGCAUCCAUCAAGGCUUACUGAGGAACUCAUCGUCCUGGGUGCUGUACAACAUGGCGUCCUUUUACUGGCGUAUGAAGAACGAGCCUCAGAGGGCGGUGGACUGUGUGGUGCGCGCCCUACAUUUCUCCCCAAGGCCGCAUAAGGAUGUAGCCCUGGUCAACAUGGCCAACAUCCUGCACCGCGCCCAUUUCUCAGCAGAUGCUGCGAUUCUCGCCCACGCUGCCCUCGACCUUACCUCAGAUCUCUUCACCAGCCACUACACCUUAGGCAACAUUUAUGCUAUGCUUGGGGAAUACAACCACUCGGUCCUCUGCUACGAGCAGGCACUGCAGGCCCAGCCAGGCUUUGAGCAGGCCCUGAGGAGGAAACACGCAGUGCUCUGUCAGCAAAAGCUGGAGCAGCGCCUGGAAGCCCAGCACAGAUCCCUGCAGCGGACGCUGAAUGAGCUGAAGGAGUACCAGAAGCAGCACGACCACUACCUUCGCCAGCAGGAGGCACUGGACAAACACAAGCUGCUGCAGGAAGAGCAAAUCCUGCGCAACAUUAUCCACGAAACCCAGAUGGCCAAAGAAGCCCAACUUGGGAACCAUCAGAUGUGUCGGCUGGGUCAGCAGCAGCAGCAGCAGCGCAGCCUCUACUGCCCCUUUGACCUGCCCGUGCGCUACCACCGGGGCGAUCUGUUCGAACACGUCCACUACGUUCAAUUUGGAGAGGAGGUGUCGGUGGCAUCCAGCGUGGCGCUAGUGUCGGAGCGCAACUCAAACCAGACAGCGGCGAACCCCCAACUCCAUCCCUCUGUGUCCGGGGACCAGGACCCUGCUGCUGCCCUCUGGGGCGGCCACCAGGAUUACACACAGGACAUUCAGAGGAUGUUGUGGCCUCAGAGGGACGACUGUGCCCGUGAAUAUCCAAGUGUCCCCCCUGCUCACCUGCUGCCGACUUACUACCUUCCAGCUGAAACACAGGGCCUCAGCCCAGUGGCAGCUCUCCUCUACGGCAGCAGCUCUCCUUCUCCGGCAGCAGCUUUACCAGACUGUAGUCCCGUCCCCCAACCGUAUCCAGCCCUCCUGCCGGCCUCACUAGACUGGCCCCUGGAAGAAAAGGAGCUGCCAGAUCCGUUUGCCUCCGAGAUUCUGCAGUUACGCAGCGGAGGAUGGACUCUGGAGCAAAUUGGCCAGAGAAUAGCUCAGGCUGUGAAACAAGACUCUAUACCGCGCUGGCAGGUCUACAACGAGGCAGCUUUAUUCUGGAGGGCCAAAGGCAACGGCAGCCGCGCCCUGCAGUUCCUGCGCCAGGCGUUGAGCUUGACUCCGCCUUCCCAUCGCCACUUGCCCCUCACCAACGCUGCUAACCUGCUGCUGCACUACGGCUUGACCACCAACGCACAAACGCUGCUGGAGCACGCACUGGCGCUCAACGCCUCAGAGCCUCACACCCUGCUCAGCCUGGUGAGCGUGCAGUUGGCCCAGGGCAAUGUGACAGGUGCUCUGGCCUCGUUCCGCCACAUCCUGGUGACGGCCCUUUCCUCCUCCUCUUCCUUCGCCUCCUUUGCCGGCUGCGAACAAUGUCGCGCCAGCCUCCCUCUGCUGCGUUGUCUCCAGUUCUACCCCUUCCUUUACAAUCUGUCACACCGACAGCCCUGCCCAGACGGUGCCGCCUGCAUGGCCGAGGAGGACCUGGGCAUACAGCUGGAGGAAUGGGAGGGCAGCGAGGAGAAGCAGGACGCUCCAGCGCUUUCCGCCAUGGAGGACACCUUGCUCUUUGAGAAGGUGAUCCUGGACAGCAACGGCUCAGGCGAGGCGGCCGGACAGCAGCAGGCGUCUCCGUCUGCCUCGGGAACGCCAAAGAUGACGGCUUCGUUCGGAGAAGGAGGAGUGGAGAAGGAGGAGGAGUGGCAGCUGAAGGAGGACCUGAUGGGAGCGUUCGAGGGAGCGCUGGACGUCGGAGGGAAACGAGGGGACCUGAGGGGCAUCCGGGUGCUGAAGAACGACCGGGUCAUGGGGGCCCGAGCCGGCAGCGGGCCGUGUUUCGGAAACUGUGAGGAUGACGAGGGAGCAGAGUGGAUCACCUUCCAGGUGAAGCGGGUCAGGAAGGCGAAGGUGGACGGGUCAGAAAGCGUCUCUGAUGACGGCCAGAACGGGGAGUCGCUGCCUGCAGGCCACUCUGUGUUGGAGAUCAGCGGUCCGACCAUCCCGUCGCCCGGUCCUUCAGGUCGCUGGAGAGACUACACAAGUCUCGGUUGGCCCGGGCCGGAGGAGUGCCAGCGGACUCGGAGGGUGGACCUCACCACUGUAGCGAGCACGUGGUUGGCUGUUUCUGCCAAGAACAUUGACAUCACAGAGCACAUAGACUUUGCCACUCCGCUCCAGGAGCCAGCGGCCGAACCUUUAUGCAACGCCAACCUAGCUGCCAGUAUGCACACCCUGGACCACCUGGCUGGGGUGGCCAACCGCGCCGCCAUCCACUACACCGGGGAGAGCCAGCUGCGCGAGGUCCUGCAGAACCUCGGCAAAGAUAAGUUCUCCCCUCAGUCCUUCGAGCAGGUGGGCACACGUAUUGCUAAAGUCCUGGAGAAGAAUCAGACGUCCUGGGUGUUAUCCAGCAUGGCUGCUCUGUACUGGAGGGUGAAAGGUCAAGGCAAGAGAGCCAUCGACUGCCUGCGACAGGCGCUCAACUACGCCCCCCAUCACAUGAAGGAUGUGCCGCUCAUCAGCCUGGCCAACAUCUUCCAGAACGCUCGGUUAUGGGAGGACGCCCUCACGGUGGCCCGUAUGGCCGUGGAGAUCGCCCCGCACUUUGUCGUGAACCACUUUACCCUCGCCAACGUCUACAUCGCAAUGGAGGAGUUUGAGAAAGCCAUGCGCUGGUACGAGUCCACCUUGAAGCUGCAGCCAGAGUUCGCCCCCGCCAAGGAUCGCCUGAGAACCAUCCAGUGUUACCUGCUCACCAAGAGGGAGCGCCGUCAGCCCUGAACCCAUCGGCCAGAGAACACGUCAGAUAAACACUCAGACACACACUCAUAUCAGAACCACACGAGGCGAACGUGUAAGAAACGUGGUGAGGCAUCAAGAUUCCUAUCUAGUCGAAUCUUUUUAUAUUAUUUCUUUGAGGUCUAACCCAAACCCAAGAAUUAGGUGACAGCUGUAGAUACUCUCGUCCGGGAACUUGUGUGUAAAAUGCAGGAAGUGAUGACGGUCAAAUCCAAUUUUUUAUUUUUUAUUUUUAUUUUUUUUUCUCAAGGUUUGCUUAACUUGCAAAAAAGGGAACGGAAAGGGAACGCUCUCAAGUUCCUGCUAAUUCUAACGCAAUGUUUUGAUUGAAAUUUAAGGUAAUUGGAAGAAAAGCUGUCAUUCUUAAGGACAUUUUAGCGUUUUGGUAUGAGGCGGCGUAUCGAUCUCAAGGAGCUGGCGCCACUUUUAACUUAAUUGGACCGUUUUAAUUGAACUGGACGCUCUACGGUGUUUACUGGACUUUAAGGAAUGUGCUUCUCAACUCGGAGGUUAAAUGAGUUCAAAUUGAACCACGUAUUUCUGCUUCUUAAAAUGGAUGGGAAUUCUCAGAUAUUGCACUUUUUUUUUUUUGUUGUUUCUAUAUCAUUCCUAUUUAUAUGGGACCUACAAACUGUUUGAUUUUUUUUUGUUUUUGCGCCAAGCUAAUUUAAAUACAAAAAGAGAGAGAAAAAUGAAAAAUAUGCUAUUACAUUUGCUUCUUAACUUAUGGAAAUCAUCAGGCAAGAAAAAGGAUUUAUCAUUGACCAUCUAUAAAGAAAAAUCAAUAAAUAAAUCUCCAAAGUGGAAUCUGUAUUAAAUGUACAGUAUUAAAGGCAGUGUGUGGAUUUCA